CCGGGCGGGCCUGCGCCUAAGUGCGCCGGCGCAGUGCGCUCUCCUCAGGGCGGCGGAGGCGGCGCGCCGGGGAAGAUGGAAGACUAUCAGAGUGCGGAAGAGACUACUUUUGUUGUUGACGAAGUGAGCAACAUCGUGAAAGAGGCUAUAGAAAGUGCCAUCGGUGGCAACGCCUAUCAGCACAGCAAAGUCAACCAGUGGACCACAAAUGUAGUAGAACAGACUUUAAGCCAACUCACCAAGCUGGGAAAACCAUUCAAAUACAUUGUGACCUGUAUCAUCAUGCAGAAGAACGGAGCAGGACUGCACACGGCGAGUUCUUGCUUCUGGGACAGCUCUACUGACGGGAGCUGCACUGUGCGAUGGGAGAACAAGACCAUGUACUGCAUCGUCAGCGCCUUCGGACUGUCCAUCUGACUGACCUCCUCAUCCCCCGGGCUCUUUCUCCUCUUGUCUCAGCUUUUCUCUCCGACCUCCUAACCAUCAGCCAUGAAUUCAUGAACAGCUUUCCCACUCUGUUUUCUGUGGCACUCUCAACAUGCAGAGAAAAAACCAAUGACCGCCCUGUUCUGUGAUCAGCACACCCAGUCACACGGAUCCUCAGUCGGAACCUGGACUGCCAUGUGUCCACACUCUGAUUAUCUCUGUUCAAAGGUGCUAAACACUCAACCUGCUAGUGUGAACCUUUCUCUACUCUCUGAAAUCAUUCAAACACACUAAUUUUUUCCAUACUUUGUAUUUUUAUUAGAAUAAAUUAUUCCAAUUUA